CUUCACUUUCACCUGCCACUGCACUGGCUCUCUGGGCUCUGGCUCACACCCUCCACAUUUAACACUACACUACACUACACUCCACGAUCUCAACUCUCUCCUCGCCCUCUCCACACUUCCCGUCCCGCACACCAUAACACAGUAUCCCUCCCUCCUCUUAACCCACUCCAGUCCCCCGCGUGAAUCCAUCCUAUAAUACAACAACCCACCGCCGCUCUUCCCAUUGCCCGUCCACAUCCGCUCCGAUAAGCCUUCAAACCUACGUCACAUUGACAACCGCUCUCACCCGUUCGGAACCGCGAAACCAACGAGCCCGAAUAUAACACUACACAACUGUCCCUCCUCUGGUCUUCCCGCAUGAUAUCCAUAUAGUGUCCAACACGGUACCCCGAGUAUUAGUGCAAGCGGGCAAGAUAACGUUUUGCCCGUCCUUCGCUGUAGUUCUACCGUCCAUCAAGGUCUGAAGGACUGUGGAUUUCCAUGCACAACGAUCGCGAGCGCUCCCAAACACGGCGGCCAACUCCCGAAGACACCAUGACUACCAACAGACCUUUCUUCUCCAAUUUCCUCUCCGCCUUCCGGGCGCAGUCUGCCAUCCAGAAGGCCGCUACAGCGCAAGCUACGACCUCCUCCGGCUAUGCUCAUGCCCAAGCCGCACCCUCCCAAUCAACAAGCACUACCACCGCAAAUACAUCACGAACCAUAAGCACCAAGGCAGGGCCUACAUCAAACGGCGCGACAACGACUGCUGUGCAAGCGGCAGGUCAGUUCCAGCCAACCCGACAGCACACCGCACCUUAUCACCGAUCCACGUCACCCACCGCAAAAGCCUUCCCCAUCCCUGGCGCUUCGCGGAGAGACAGGAGGGGCUCAGACAGCUCAAAUGAAGGCUUCCACGAAGCCAUAGGUGCGGAGAAGUGGUAUAUUGGAGGCCGAACAGCUGCCGGUGAAGAGAAGUUCUACAGGCUUGGCAUGGUGAAACGACAUCGAAGCGUUGACCGGUUAAGUCUGGAUAGGCUCAGCAUCUGAAAGGGCGUACGAUAUAAUGAAAUUCAAAAAAAGUUGCAUGGACAGGCGUUCUCUCUGGAUAAUUACAAGGAUACUAGCACCCGAGGGGUUUUUUUUGGGGUUACACAGAUCUGGACGAUCUAGGCGUUAGGAAGGCAGAUACAUUUCACUCAUGUCUCAAGCGAGUAUAGGCGUAUACUCGCACUCAGAUCAGAAUACACACACAUACAAGUAAGACUAACAACAGGUACUCUCGCGAGUACAGAUUUUGUUUUCAUAGCUUUUGCAAUGAUCAUUAUUGUUUUCAGCAUCACAUGCGAAUGUUUCCG